CAGAGUUGGCUGCGCAGAAUUCUGGGACUUGAAGUCCGAGGCCUGUUUAUCCAAGUUAGAGAAAAGGGCCUGUGGAAACAUGAAGAGGGUAAACAGCUGUGUGAAGAGUGAUGAUCAUGUCCUGGAAGAGUUAGAAACAGAAGGGGAGAGGCAGCUGAAAAGCCUCCUUCAGCAUCAACUUGACACCUCUGUCUCCAUUGAGGAAUGUGUGUCUAAGAAAGAGAGUUUUGCUCCUGGUACUAUGUAUAAGCCCUUUGGGAAGGAAGCAGCCGGAACUAUGACUUUGUCCCAGUUUCAAACAUUGCACGAGAAGGACCAGGAAAUUGCUGCCCUCAGGGAACUAGGGCUCAAUGAAACAGAAAUCUUGAUCUGGAAGAGCCAUGUUUCAGGUGAAAAGAGGACGAGACUGAGGGCAACCCCUGAAGCAAUACAGCACUGCCUUCAAGAUAUUGAAGAAAGGAUCUCAGAGCGUCAGCGCAUCCUUUGCCUGCCACAGAGAUUUGCUAAAAGCAAACAGCUGACCCGGCGAGAAAUGGAAAUAGAAAAAUCUUUAUUUCAGGGUGCUGAUCGUCACUCCUUCCUUAAGGCUCUUUACUACCAAGCAUACCACAAAAAGACAAGUGCAGACAAGUACAUGACCUCAAUGAAGAGGAAGAUAAAAUUAGGCACAAAAGAUGAACCCCAAAAGAAGAACAAAGGUGAUCCUAUGAACAACCUGGAAAAUUUUUACCAAGAGAUGAUAAUGAAAAAACGUCUUGAAGAGUUCCAACUUAUGAGAGGUGAACCCUUUGCUUCCCACUCACUGGUCUCAGCUACAUCAGUGGGAGAUAGUGACACAGCUGAGAACCCGCCAUUACUCCAGGACAAGGGAGAACAGGCAGCACAGGGUAAAGGUCCCAGUCUUCAUGUGGCAAAAGUUAUUGAUAAUUCACCUGAGCAGUGUUGGACUGGGCCUAAGAAGCUGACGCAGCCAAUAGAAUUUGUCCCAGAAGAUGAGAUCCAGAGAAAUCGUUUGUCAGAGGAAGAGAUCCGAAAAAUUCCUAUGUUUUCUUCAUAUAAUCCAGGGGAGCCAAACAAGGUGUUAUACCUGAAGAACCUUAGCCCUCGGGUGACCGAAAGAGAUCUUGUCUCAUUGUUCGCUCGGUUCCAGGAGAAAAAAGGACCUCUAAUUCAAUUCCGAAUGAUGACUGGACGAAUGAGGGGGCAAGCUUUUCUCACCUUUCCCAAUAAGGAUAUAGCAUGGCAAGCAUUCCGUCUAAUAAAUGGAUAUAAACUACAUGGGAAAAUUUUGGUGAUAGAAUUCGGAAAGAACAAAAAACAACAGUCUGAUCUCCAGUCUGCUUCUCUCAGAUCGUCUGCUACAGAAAACACUACAAAAACCAGUGGCAGCUAGAAGAUAUAUAGAUUAUGAGUCCCAGGAAGUCCUUCUUGCGUCAGAAUCUUGGAUCUAGGAUUUCUAUAUAGAUGGCAAUGUGUUUGGAAUUGAAGAGAAACUGAGGAAGAAAAAUCUAAUUAAGAUAAUCGCUUUAGCUUUUGGAAAGAAUUGGUAGAAAACAUUUUUUAUAAUCAAAGACUAUACAGGACAGACAAGAUACCAAGUGUGAAGGGUAGGGUACAAAGAGUAUCAUUUUCUCAGGAUAAAUUACAAAGGAUUAUUUCCAAGGAUAUUUUAAAUCUUUAUACUUUAUCUAUGGUCUUAAAUACUUAUCCCUAGAGAUAACAUUCUUUCCAAGACUGCCACCUAUAUACAGAACUAAAAAACUAAAAGUUGAAAUAUUAAUUAUUAGAGCCCAUUUGUUCCUAAUUGUAUUCACAUAGUAAAUCAAUGACUAGGACCUGGGCCUAAACAUCAACAAAUGCUGUUAAAUGAGAAAUAUCAGCAAUAACAGUAGGGCCUAAGACACAUGUCAGUACACAUAUUUAAUGAAUUCUUUCUAUUAAGUUAUCUGUGUCUUCAAAAAGCCAUAUAUUUUUCUAAUGAAAGCAUCUAGAUCUAAAUAGUGAUGUGCCCCUAGUCAUUAAACUAGCUACCAUUGAGUAAUCAUUGAAUCCCAAGCAAUAAACAUUGAAUAAGCAUCUAAUAUAUGUUAGGUAUAUGCAUUUUAGAAGAGGAACAUACUAGAAAAAAUACUAAAGGGGAAAUGGGAAGAAAGAGUUUUCUAGAAGAGAGGCAGCCACUCCCAAAUUCCCCACUUGUUUGUUUAUAGUUGCUGGAGAAAUGAAAUACAAUAUGGUAUAGAGGAAGUGGUACAAACGUUGGACUCACACCUGUGUUUGAACUUCACAGCCACACUUACCACUCCAUGACCUUGACAAGUCACUUAGUCUGAGCCUCAGUUUUCUCAUCUAUAAAAUGAAGAUAAUACUACUUACCUCAUUGAGUUGUAAGAAUUAAAUGAGAUGGUAUUAUCCAAGCUGAAGAACAGAAGAAAAAAAAGAACAGAAUAUACAAUCAUGAAGUACUCCAACAUACUUGCAAUGGGAGUACCAGAAAAAAAGAGAGAGAAAGAAAGCAGAAAAAAUAUUCUAAUAAAUAAUGGCUGUAAGCAUCCCAAAUUAAUGAGAAGCAUUAUCUUCACAUCCAAAAAUCUCAGCAAACUCCAAGUAGGAUAACAAGAAGAAAUCUACAGACACAUUAAAAUCAAAAUGAUAAAACACAAAGACAGAAAGUCUUGGAAGUAACAUGAGAAAAAUUAAACAUCACUCAAUGGAUUGCCAAUAAGAUUAACAGCUAACUUCUCAUUAGAAACAAUGGAGAUGGCAGUGGGAUAACAUAUUCAAAGUGCUGAAAGGAAAAAAUGUCAAUGUAGAAUUCUACAUCCAAUAAAACUAUUUCUCAAAAAUGAUGAAACAAAGACAUUCCCAUGUAAUCAGAAACGGAGAAUUUGGUGGCACACCUGAUUUACAGGAAAUAGUAAAGAAAGUUCUUCAGGUGGAAAGCAAGUGACCUCAGAUAGUAAUUUGAAUCUAAACAUGCAAAAUAUAACAUGGGUAAAUUUAAUUAUCCUAUAUAAUAAAAGGCUAAUAUGCAAAUUGACCAAAGGGUGGAACGACCAGUCGCUAUGAUGCGCACUGACCACCAGGGGCAGACUCUCAACUCAGGAACUGCCCCCUGGUGGUCAGUGCACUCCCAUAGGGGGAGCACCGCUCAGCCAUAAGCUGGGCUCAUGGCUGGCGAGCGCAGCAGCGGUGGCAGGAGCCUCUCCCACCUCUGUGGCAGCACUAAGGAUGUCCGACUGCCAGCUUAGGCCCAAGGAGCGGGCCUAAGCCGUCAGUUGGACAUCCCCCGAGGGUUCCCGGACUGCAAGAGGGUGCAGGCCGGGCUGAGGGACCCUCCGGAGUGCACAUAUUUCAUGCACCAGGCCUCUACUGUAAUUAUAAAAGACAGUUUAGCUUCAUUUUCCUUUUAAUUAAAAAGUGUUAUAGACCAGUAUGUAUGUAGUUGCAUUUUGGGGCCUAUAACAUAUGAAACUGUAAUAUAUUUGCCAAUUACAGAACAAAGGAAGUGAGUGGAAGCAAAACUAUUGAACUAAAGAAGUGACUCCAAAUGGUAACUCAAAUCCACUGGAACAAAUGAAGAAAACAAAAAAAGGGGAAAUAAGGUUAAUAUAAAAAGCUAUAAAUAUAUACUAGCUCCGCUUUCUUCUCUCUCCACUUCUUUAAGAGACAUAAAAUUAUGUUAAGUAGUAAUUAUAACAAUGUAUUAUAUUUAUAACAUGUAGAAAUAAUAUAUAUAGCAAUAAUAUCAUAAAAAAGUAGGAAAUGGAGUAGGUUUAUAUAGGAAUAAGUUUUUAUAUCUCAUCGGAAUUAGGACAUAUCUGAAGACAAUUUAGUUAGAAUGUGCAUGGUAAAUCUUAGAGCAAUCACGGUGAUAACUGAAAAUACAUAGUGAAAAUAUUUAAAAUUUAAAUGUUACAUUAGAAAAAUUUCAAUGUAAAGUAACACAAAAGGAGAAAUGGAGAAACAAAAGCAUGAGACAUAUAGAAAACAAACAGUAAAAAUGUAAUUCUUAAUAUACCUAUAUGAAUAAUAAUUAUUAUGAAUGGAUUAAACAAUGCAAUCAAAAGGCAGAGAUUGUUAGCCUGGGGGGGGGGGGAUGAGGGAGACAAGAUUUACCUCUAUGCAAUUUAUCAGAGUUGUAGAUUCAGAGAAACAAACAGAUUAAAGGUAAAAGGAUAGAAGGAAUUUCAGGCAAACGACAACUAUAAGAAAGUUGGAGUGACCAUACUAAUAUCAGACAAAGUGCCCUUUAAAAUGAUGACUGUUACUAGAGAUAAUGAGUGACAUCUUAUAAUGAUAAAAGAAUCAAUACAUCAGAAAGAUAUAAAAAUUAUAAAUAUGUAUGCACCUAACAACAGAGCACCAAAAUACAUGAAUCAAAAACUGAACUAAAUAAAGGGAGAAAUAUAUAAGUGUACAAUAAGAGUUGGGGAGUUUGCUACCCCAUUUUCAAUAAUAAAAUAACUAGACAGAAGAUAAACAAAAAAUUAGAAAACUUGAGAAAUGCUGUCAUGUACUAGGUGUACCAGUAAAUAAUGCGUAUUUUUUUCAAUAGAUGGAGUUACACAUAUGUUGAUAUAUAUGCGAUUUGAUAUGUAUGCUAUUUUGUUGUAUGGACAAGAAGCUUUGAAACUUCAUAUGUCAAAUUUUCUGAAGGUGUUAACAUCGUAGAUAUUUUUACACUUAAAAAUGUCGAAUUUCAUGCAAAAAAAACAUUUGCGGGAAGUGUUAAUUCAUUAUUUUGAAGAAAAGUGCUGCUGAAUACUUUGGGAAGCUUAUGGUGAACAUGCUCCAUCUCAAGAUACUUGCGAACGCUGGUUUAAAUGCUUUAAAAGUGAUGAUUUUGAUGUGAAAGACAAAGAACAUCCAGGUCAACCAAAAAAAUUUAAGUAUUAACCCACCCGCUGUAUUCACCAGACCUUGCUCCUUCAGAUCACCACUUAUUCUGAUCAAUGGCACAUACACUUUCUGAGCAGCACUUCAAAACGUACAAAGAAGUGGAAAAAUGGGUCUCUGAAUGGUUUGCCUCACAACAAGAAAAGUUCUAUUGGGACAUAUGCACAAAUUACCUGAAAGAUGAGGGAAAUGUGUAGCUAGCGAUGGACAUUACUUUGAAUAAAGCACUUUUGAUGUUUCUCUUGAAAUUAUCAUGUUUUUCUUUUAUUACAAAGUCCACAUUAUUAACCGGUACACCUAGUAUAUCUUAAAGAGAUCUGUAGAAUACUUCACCCAACAAGAGCAGAAUAUACAUUCUUCUCUAGUGCACAUGAAACAUCUACAGGAUAUACCAUAAAACAAACCUCAAAUAUAAGUGGAUUGAAGUCAUGCAAAGUAUUUCUCGGGACCACAUAGAAUGAAGCUAGAAAUAAAUAACACAAAGUUAGAAAACUAAAAAAUAUGAAUUAAACACACUUUAACAUGACUAGUGGGUUAAAGAAGAAAUCACAAGAGAAAUUAGGAAAUCUUUUGAGGUGAAUGAAAAUGAAGACUCAACAUACCAAGACUUUUGGGAUACACCUAAAGCAAUACUUUAAAAAUUAUAAGUACAAAUGCCUAUAUUUUUAAAAGAUCACAUAUCACUAACCUCACUUAAUACCUUAAAACACUGGAAAAAGAGGAUCAAACUAAGAGUAAGCAGAAGGAAAAAAAAUGUUUAAAUGAUAAUGGAGAAUAGAAAAACAGUUAAGUCAGUGAAAUCAAAAUUGGUUUUAUAAAACGCUUAAGUGACAAACCUUUUGGUAGAUUGACCAGAAAAAAAAUGAAAACCCAAAUUACUAGACUUGGAAAUUAAGGAGGAACAUUACUACCAACCUUAUAGAAAUAUAAAGCAUUAUGAAGGAACACUAUGAAUAAUCAUAUGCCAAUAAAUAUAAUACCCAGACUACUGAAGCCAAUGAAAAAAAUCUGAAGAGACCUGCACCAAAUAAAGACGUUAAUUAGUAAUGUUUCUAAAUACAAAGAAAAGGCCAGGCUCAAAUUGCUUCUCAAAUGAAUUCUAGUAAAUAUUAAAGAAGAAUUAAUACAGAUUCUUCACAAACUCUUCCAAAAAUAGGAGAAGGGAACACUUCUGAUAUGUACUACAACAUGAAAAAACCUGAAAACAUGCUGAAUGAAUUAACAGUAACAAAGACUACAUAUUAUAUGAUUCUAUUUAUAUGAAGUGUCUAGAAUUGACAAAUAUAGAGACAGAAAAUGGAUUAAUGAUUGCUUAGGACUGGGAGUGAUAGCUGAAGUGUGAGAUUUCUUUAGACAAUGAAAAUGUUCUGAAAUUGUAGUGAUUAUUGUAUAAUACUAAAUAUACUACAAACCAUGAUUGUAAACUUUAAAUGGGUAAAUUUUAUGGUAUGUAAAUUAUAUCUCAGUCACACGAAAAAGAAAUUGAAUGCAACCCAAAUGUCCAGCAGUAAGAAAAUGGAUGAAUAAAUUAUAGAACAUUAAUUUAGUGGAAUACUCUAUAGCCAUUAAAAUAAUGGGGCAUUUCUAUGAAUACAUUCUGAACUGUAUGGUGUCCAUGGUUUUAUAUCAAGUUAAAAAGCAAGAAAUAUGUACAGAUGAUCCAUAAACAACAUGCUUUUAACUAUGCAGGUUUAUUUGUACAUGAUUUUUUUUUCCAAUAAAUACCUGUGAUGUUUCUAUCUGUGGUUGGGAGUCCAUAAGAGCAGAGGGCUGACUAUGCAUUAAUCUAUACCAUUUUAUAUACAGGACUUUAGCAUCCACAGAUUUUUUUUUUCUGAGCAUUCGUGGAUUUUAGUAUUUUCAGGGUUUUCUGGAACCAAUCCCUCAUGGAUACCCAGAGACCACUAGGUUUCUGAGGAGUCAAAAGUAACAUACAUGUGGAUUUCUGACUAUGUGGGAUAUCGGUGCCCCUAACUCCCACAUUGUUCAAAGGUCAACUGUAUAAUAUGAAUACAUUUUUUUGUAAACAAAAGCAUUUGUAUAUAUAGUAUAUGUAUAUAUAGCUAUUUCUAAAUAAAUUUAGGAAAAAACUGGGAAAUAUACAUACCAAAUUAUAAAUCUUUUAGAGGUGGGAUUGGAUGGGCUGAAAGGGGACUUUUGCUCUAUGAAAUUUUUUAAGUGGUAUAGUUUGAGGUGAUUUUUUUACAAUUUUCAGCAUUUUUUUAAUUUAAAGUUUUUUUUAAUACUCUGCCAAUGAUGGCUUCCAGACUAUUUGUCAGACCUGCUCUGAGGAUAUCAUCUACCUAUACUCAGGGCAAACUUCUAUUUCUUUGAUAUAUUGCUCACUUAGGAUUAAAUCUCCACUCUUAAAUGUAGUUUAAGGGACAAGAAGUAAGUUAUCCUGUUAUAACCUCUUGCACAUGUUACACAGGGUCAUACUUCUAACCUUGACUUUUCAGGAGGAAUUUCUUCCUAUUGAAUGGAAAACCUCACUUAUACUCUUUACUAGAUCUAUGACCACUAACGAUAGAGGAAAAUAAAAGUGGAGGAUGAACCUCAACUGGUGCAUAUAUACUAGUAAACUGGUAUAUCCAUACAAUGGAAUUCUACUCAGCAAUAAAAACUAUAAUGAACAAUAAUACAUACAACAACUUGGAUGAAUCUCAAAUGCAUCUUGCUAAGUAAAAAAAAAAACCAAAAAACCAUAAAA